AUGUCACAAACAGAAGAUGUGGAGGGGCUGCAGAAACGCCUGCAAGUAAGUGAAGAAUGGAACAUGCGGCUGCAGAGUCAAAUUCAGGAGCUUUUACGUCUUCCACGGAGUGAAGUAGAGGCCAUGCGAGGACGAAUGCAGAAUCCUGAUAUUGCCAUUCCCCUCUUGCAGUGUUAUGAUGCCGCUAUUCUUGAGAAACAAGAAGAAAACGAGCGACUGGUGAUCGAAACAAAUCGACUAAAGACACAACUUGAAGCCGCAGGAGUGGAGCUGCAGGACGCACGAGCCGCACAACAGGAGAUGGAGGUACGAUUGCAGGAAGCUCACAGUGUGCAACAGCAACGAGAAGAACAACUUAACGAACAACUACACGAGGCGCAGCGGUCUUCAACACGAAUUCAACACGAAUUAUCCCGCAGUCUUGAUGCGGAAGCCACACUACGGCGUGAUGUGGAGCGUCUACAACAACAACUCGCUGAACUGCAGCAUGAAACUACACACAUACAAGAAGAUAACGCCGCACUGCAGGAGGCAGCAUUGCAGGCAUCACGACGUCUUAAAAGUACCGCAAGUGCGGCAGAGGCGACACAGCAAGCGGGUGAAGUUCAACGUGUACAGUUACAAUUACUUAGCAAAGAGAAUGCGGAUAAAUUGCAGGAGUUGGAGCGGUUGCGGCUGCGCAUGGUUCAAGCAUUACGUCUCGCUUCUGAGAAUCACGCCAUACACAUGAAGGCAGUGGAGGAGCGACACCGCGUGGCUAUGGAAACACUACGUCAACAGGCAGCCACACAAGAGGCUGAGGUACUUAAACUACGUGCACAACUCGCACGCGUUGAUGCUUCCAGUCCACACUGCAGUAAGAAUAACUCACAUUUGCGUUCCACAACAGAAUUAUUAGAGGCCCAGACGCGGCAGGCACUUGAAGUGGAAGUGAAACGACUUUACGGUGAGGUGUCGGCAAUGCAAAUGCAACGAGAUGAUGCAAUGCUGCGGUAUGAACAAUUAUCCAACAGUUUAAGACGUGAGGAGUCUGAUCGGAUGGCUGCUGUGCAACGUGAGACACAGAUGCUGCAACAGAAAAUACGUGAUCAGGAGCAGCAAUAUCAGCAAUUAGAUAUGGAAUACAACCGUACAAAAGAAGAAUUACGUCUUUUACGAGAAAAGUGUAAGGGUUACACUACGGAACUUCAAAAUGUUCGACAAGAGCAGGAUCAGUCACUUCGGAAGGUGGAAGAACUUCGUCGUGCUCUUACUACUGCGGAAGAGACAUGUGAACAGGUGCGGCGAAAGGCGAAGGAAGAUAUCGCAGGUGAGAGGAAACGUGUGCAGGAACUUGAACAACAUGUAGAGGGUGUUGCAAGGGAUAUGCAAUCAUCCAAGGACCGUGCACAUGCGGCAACGCUAACGGCAGAAAGACAAUGUGAAGAACUUCGUCAUCAGCUGACAGAAGCUCAGGAGCGAGUAAAGACAGCACAGACACGACUCUCAACACGUGAACGUGAAGUGGAGGUAUUGACGGCUAAUGUGCAGCAUUUGCAGGAGGCGGUGCGGCUUAAUCAACAACAGGCAUUAGCGUGUGAUGGGCGUGUACAACAGUUAUUACAGCAGGAUGAAGAAAAGUCGAGAAAAUUGCGGGAGAUGACACUUUUGGUUGAGCGACUUAAAAUGGAAGGCGCCCGUGCUGCUCGAGCACGUGAUAGACUCAUAGAAGAUGUGAGUACUCGUAUGUAUUGA